AUGGGAUCUGCCGCAAAACGAACAAACGCCUCGUCGCUGUCUUCCGUGGCCAAGAAGAAGAAGACUUCCCCUUCGGCUGACGAGUUCAAGCACUUCUACACCUCCAUUACUGGCCAAGUUCUCGCACUCAAAGACGAUGCUGGAGAAGUGAUAUCUGGACCGUUUGUCAAAUUGCCUCCCAAGAAGUUGUAUCCCGACUACUACGAGAUCAUUGACACGCCCAUCUCGCUUGCUGAGAUCCAGAAGAAGCUCAAGCAGAACAAGUACCCUGUUGACUCUACCCACGAGUACUUGGCCGACUUCCAGCUCUUGCUCGAUAACGCAGCCAAGUACAACGACCCCGAAUCAUGGAUCGUCGCGUCAGCACAGAAGAUCUACGACUACGUAGAACAGCAAUCCGACGAGUUCCUCAAGAACGGAAGUUUCGAUGGAAACACCCAAGAAAAAGAGCCAAAGAAGGCCGCUGGUGUCAAGGAAGAAUCCGGUGAGAAAAAGAUCACCUUCGACAGAUUGCCUCUGAUUUGCACUGCCUUGCUCAAGGACGUGAUCUCGCACGAGUUCCCGGACGAGGGCAUCAUCAGCAACCCCUUCAUGGACGAUGUUGAUGUUGAGGAGUACCCAGACUACUUGAACUACGUCACCACGCCCACCUCGUUUGGCAAUGUGUUAAAAAAGAUAGAGAGAAAGAAGUUGUUUUCGAGCAAAGUCUCCUUGGUCGACAACCUUGAAAAGUUCUACAACGCCACUAUGCUUAUCUUCACCAACGCCCAAUUGUACAAUGACCCCUCGUCAGAAAUCCAUCAAGAUGCUGAAAAAUUGAAGGAAUUGUUUGAGGAGAAGUACGAUGUCCUCAAGGAUGAAGUCACAAAAUUGACCAAAUUGAGAUUGAAGCUAAAACAACCAAAAGUGAAACUUAACUUGAAAUUGAAGGGUGAAGAUCAGAAGGAGACUCAGGAUGUCAAACAAGAGCCAACUGGCCAAGCUUCCAUCGCCGACAUUAGUGACAACAAGGAAGAAGAUGGUGCAGCUCCCGUGGACACUGUUGACAAGCCACAAGAAGUACAUACAGAGAAGAAUAGUGCAAACACUCUUGGUAAAUCGUUACCAAAGAUUUCCUUAGAUGACACCGUUAUCCAGGAAGCUUCUAUCUCCUCGUCUAUUGCUGCAGUCAACCAUAUCACCAAGCACACUCAACAAAAGGCAUAUCAAUCCAGCAACCUUCCUCUUCCAAAGAACGAAGAAAUGAAGAAAGCCUUGUUCCCCACUCAUCCACUUCAUCCAGUUACAACCUUCUUCGAAUACAAAGUUCCUUCAAACGGUUAUGCCGUCCAAUCCUACACUAUGACUUUACCAGCCGAUGUGCUGCCAUACAUUUCUAUGAAGGUCUCAUUGCAUAACUUGCUCCAUUCCAUCAAAAAGGCUGAUUUGAUAGACGGUCGUGGGUACUUGAACUCUUCCACCGAUGACGAUUUUCAAUGUAAGCUAUUUGUUAAUGAAAGAGAAGUUUCAAACGGUGGUGAUUGUUUUGAAGAAAAGAAAAAUGAAAACGACUUACUUGGACUUCAAUACGACUUGAAAUUAACCAAUGGAUUGAAUAUUUUGGACUUCGAAGUGAAAGUCGGCCCCAACUUGAGUAAGCAAUUUAAACAUGCCAAAAUCCCAGACGAAAAUGAGGAGCUUGCUGGUAGACACACUAGACACCAACUCCAGCAAUUGAAGAUGACCUGGGAAGUUGAGAAGAUUACGUUUUAUGUUAUUUGUAACACUACUUGA